UGGCCUUCUCGUGCUGCUCGUUCUCCCGUCUCCUCUGUCUAUCUCGUCGCAGAAGCAGCUGCUCCUUUCUCCUCUCCUCCUCUCCUUUCCUAUGCUCUUCGUUGUGCUGCGAGCCACACAGACGGCCGACUGACCCACUGACCGAGUGACUGAUUCCGUGCUUCGGGAUUCCUCGACGCGGACAAGCGCCGGAGGAGCGUAACUCGAAUCGAAGAGCCGCGGAGAGAAGUUAGCAGCGGAGGUCGAUCUUGUUGGAGACAAGCAGGAAGAGGAGGAAAGCAGAGGAGAGGAGAGCAGAGCAGAGGCGAGGAGACGAGGGCAGCGCAGCACAGUCGUGUGGAUGUUUGCUGGACGGUCUUGGAUCUUGUAGCAUUUGGUUUAGCAGGUGUAAAUUUCUUCUGGAGCAAUGCAAUGCGUGCAGGCUAGUUUUAGGCUAGAUUCGUGCAGCUGCUUGGAGGGUCAACACCACCGCGGGCCGGCGGGCUCUUCUGGAUUUGUUGGGGCUUCUGCUUCGACAGCUUCUCCAUCUUUUGUUGUGGUCGUGAAGCGGUCCCGAGGACGCCCUCAGGUUUCUGCCGUUGUGGGAGAGCGGGCUUCCAAAGGGCGUGCCACGUCGCUGCCGGAUUCCUCUUAUGGCCGACAAUAUGUCUGUAACAGUUUUGCGGAGCUCGGAAAGGAUCAUGAUAGAGUCGGGAGUAAAGGCUAUACUUUUAGUGAGCUGGCUAGCUUCGGAAGAGAACUCAAGGCCAACAGACAAAAUUUUUCUACGAAGUACUUGAGAAGAAAUGUUAGGAAGGAAAGAAGGGCUGGUGCAGUCGUCGAAGCCACUGUGGCUUCUAAACAGGAGAUAGUGCAGGUUCAUGGUUCAGGGGAUAAAUUUACAGACGAGGAGCGCGUAGGAGUGUUGUUGUUGAAUCUGGGUGGUCCGGAGACGCUUGAUGAUGUCCAACCAUUUCUCUACAAUCUCUUCGCUGAUCCUGAUAUCAUUCGGCUACCGCGUUUGUUCCGAUUCUUGCAACGUCCCUUGGCGCAGUUCAUCUCCACAUUGAGAGCACCCAAAAGUACUGAAGCAUACGCUUCAAUCGGAGGAGGCUCUCCACUGAGAAGAAUCACUGAUGAUCAGGCCGAGGCGCUUGCGAGAGCUCUGGAAGAGAAAAAUCUACCUGCUCGUGUAUAUGUAGGCAUGCGAUACUGGCAUCCUUUUACUGAAGAAGCAAUAGAGCAGAUCAAGGCAGACGGAAUAACCAGACUCGUAGUCCUCCCUCUGUACCCUCAGUUUUCUAUUUCAACAAGUGGUUCUAGCCUUCGCCUUCUCGAAAGCAUUUUCAGAGAAGACGAGUACUUGGUGAACAUGCAGCACACAGUUAUACCCUCUUGGUAUCAACGCGAAGGAUACGUCCAGUCCAUGGCUUCACUUAUAGAGAAAGAGUUAGCAAAGUUUGAACAUCCUGAUGAAGUCAAUAUAUUUUUCAGCGCACAUGGUGUCCCUGUCGCAUAUGUUGAAGAAGCUGGUGAUCCCUAUAAGGCAGAGAUGGAGGAAUGUGUUGAACUUAUCAUGCGUGAGGUCAAGGCGAGAGGGGUUGUGAGCAAACACACUCUAGCUUACCAGAGCCGGGUAGGACCUGUCGAAUGGUUGAAACCUUACACAGAUACUACAAUUGUGGAGCUAGGGAAGAAAGGUGUGAAAAGCCUUUUAGCUGUUCCAAUCAGCUUUGUCAGCGAACACAUCGAAACCUUGGAAGAAAUAGACAUGGAGUACAGGGAACUGGCUCUCGAAUCAGGAAUUGUUAACUGGGGUCGCGUGCCAGCUUUGGGUUGUGAUCCCACCUUCAUUGCUGACUUGGCUGAUGCCGUGCUUGAAGCUCUACCUUACGUGGGGGCUAUGGCUGUAUCUAAUCUUGAAGCUCGCCAGUCACUGGUGCCCUUGGGAAAAGUAGAGGAACUGUUGGCCACAUAUGAUACACAGCGCAGAGAGCUACCGGCACCUGUGGCGGUAUGGGAGUGGGGCUGGACGAAGAGUGCAGAAACUUGGAAUGGACGUGCAGCUAUGCUGGCAGUGUUGGGUUUGUUGGUACUGGAGGUGACAACUGGCCAAGGAGUUCUGCAUCAGUGGGGAAUCUUGCCUCUCUUUCGGUAGGUCAACGUAUAUCUCGUCAACCACGGGAAAGAACUUCUUAGGCGUAGGUCUUUAAUGAAAGGAAAGGAAUCAUGUACAAUCAUUACUUGUCCAUUUAUCACGCUAUGAAGCAGUAGAAGUCACUCAAGUGGAACGCUCAUGCCAACGUGGUCAAAUUUGGACUACAUCUGGAAGCUGCAGCGAUUAUUCUGCAAAUCAGCUCUCUAAUGCUGAUUGUACUGAAGUAGGUUUAGGUCAAAUGUAUCAUGCUGUUGAGGAAGGAAAUUUCUCAUUGUUCUCGUGCUGGUAGGAUGUCUGUAAUACCUGCGUACAAAAGUUUUGGCAUCGGACCUCAUGACGUCACGUCUCCUGACUGGAAAUUAUGUAGAUUAACUACUAGUCACACCAUCCGGUGGGGCCGUGUUCAUGACGAACAUUCCUUUGAUUAUAUAAGUUGCAACAUUUUUUUUCCCCAGAAGUAAUCUCUUUAAGGUGGCCUCAUGUGUCGAGGAUCAAGCGCCUGCAGUUCGCCAAAGAGUGGUAGUGGGAAUAUUCAUUCCCUCUAGAUACGGACUGCCACGGAGAUUAUAUAUAAAAGAAUUGCCUAUCUCUGACUGCUGCAAGUCCAUAGCAACAACAGUACAAUGGGGAGCCCAUAGUAGCUCUCGAGAAUUUAUUCCUUUGGUCUUGAGAUAAAAUCCUGAUGCUGUCUAUCUUCUCUUCACGCUACGGUAGUCUAACAAAAAAAAAGAAAAAAUGCCCUUAAUGCAGGAAUGAUUUCUUAGUAAAACAAGAGAUAAAAUUCGUCACACUAGUUGCGUGAAAAGAUAAUCAUCUGUGAGGAUGACUAUCAGUCGUUCUGUGUAACGUUGUAGAUCAUCACUUGACUAUCGAAGUCAAUUAUCAGUUAAGCAGAAAUUCUUGAUGACAAGUCGAGUCUGCUGAAGUGCCCCAGAUGGCCCGAUGCAAAUAUGGUAUGUCCAGGAAAACCGGUUAUAUGGUGUAUUUAAUCCGACAUGAUUGAUAUAUAUAGAUUUCUAAUUCUGACCGGACACUAAAACUUCUUCUCGAAAGUUGAAUUCAACCCAACUUUUAGCUCAACUUCACAUAUUUUGUUUUCAGCUUUAGUAAGCAUGUCACGAAAGAAUGAGACCAAACCUUUGUCUACAAAGUACACUAUAUGUAAAUUUUUGUUCGCACGUG